CCUGAGCUUCACCAUACUUGGCAGCAGUCUCAGCUUUGUUAAGACCAGUGAGACCACCGUAGUGCCUCUCGUUCAGGCGCCAGGUCUUCUCAAUAGGUAUAUCGGUCUGGCCGAUCUCUUGUAAGAUAGUAUUUAAAGUGAUUUGAGCGCGUUUCAGCAUCGAAGUAUAAGCGAUGUCAAAUUGAUAGCCUUCAGACUUCAAAGCUUUUCCAGCAGCACUAGCUUCUUCACGUCCUAUUAUAUAUAUAGAUAGGCAUGAAUUAGUAUUUUCCCAAGACGAAGUAGUUACCUAUCGGAAGUGUAAUGUAAAUUAUAACUUACCCUUGUCACUUAGGUCAGAGUCGAACCAUCCGCAGAAAAGGUUUUUCUUGUUCCAUUCACUUUCGCCAUGGCGAAUCAUUACAACUUUGUAUUUUCCAGGCAUAUUGAAUAAUUUGAACUUUUAUGCCGGCGAAAAUUUCUGAAAUCAACACCUUCGCUUCGGUUUUCUUCUGACGUAAAUAACCUGAAUGACCUCUAAUCAAAGUCAAAAUUAUCAAUACCUUUUUUUUGAGUUUAUGGCCUGGAUACAAGUUCUUUAAGCCAAAUAUCUAUACCUAACCCUCUGGUUCCACAGAUAAGCCAGAACAGGUUUAUGGUAAAAUCGACUAAAGAAAACAAGCAGGUGCAGCACUAGGCAAUUUUCGAUCCCCAAGUGCGGACUGGUUUGACUUGUUUUUUAAUUUUUAAUAAUCUGUUCCGAUUUCAUUUCACUGUUUUGCAUUUCGGCGCAGUGUAGCAGAGACAAUUUUUUCUGUUAAAUGAUAACCUUAAUUUUUGGAUCAAAAUAAUACGGAAAAUAAACUUCUUUAAUAGAUUGCGAAAAGAAAGUAGCUUCAUAAAUCAUAACCUCAGGAUACGAAUAACUCGUAUCAACCGAAGACCAUUUUAUGUACCUAAAGUUUUCAUCAUUUCACCAAAAUGUCACCUAAGAAAAGUGUUAAAAAACAACAAUCUAAAAGAAACAGUACAGAAAAGCAACCAAAUAAGAGAGAAAAACCUAAAUUCAAUAUGCCUACCAAUAUUAAAGUUAGUAUACCUCUAAGAAAGAAAAUUGGGAACUCAGAUGAAGGAAUUCAUUUCCCAAUUGUGCGAGGGAAGCGUCCUCCUCAGUUCAAGAAACAAUUGGACACAAAAACUCAAAUAGAUCUGGCAAACACAGUUGCAAGACAACAACUGAUUAAAGAAGAACCACCGACAUUUCAAUUAGAUAAUAUAGUCAUUAUUCAAAAUCCAAAAACAAAAGGAAGAAAAAGGAAAAUAACUGACUUUUUUGAUAAAGAUGUAGCCAUGGAUCCUUCGGAUAAUAAUGCAGAAAAUGUUGUAUCAUCAACAGAUACCAAAUCUCAAAAAACGGAAAAGAAAGUACCUGCCAAACCAACAAUCACAAGACGAAUUGUUACUAGAAAAAGAUUGGCUGACUCAACAGCCAAUAGUCAGCAGACAACUCCGAAAAAAUCAAAAUUAGAUGUUAAAGCACAGAAAAUUGACAUAAAACCAGAAAAACCUAAUGUUGAUGAUAAGGAGAUUGUAGUACCUGACAGUAAUCCAAUAGUAGAACAGCAGGAUAAACCUGCACCGAAGAGAACUAAACCUGGUUUGAAACUACUGCGGUCUAGAGCAAACAACCCUGCUCCAAAGUGCCGUGCAGCGCUAAGGCGAGGACCCAAAGGUAAGCAAGAAAUCGCAGUCCCUGCUAAUAAAGCACCGCCUAUACCUGACCAAACCAAAAAAAUGACAAAAAAAGAUACUCAAAAUGAAAAUGUCCAUCAAUACAACUCGGCUCCUAUAGACUCCAGAAAGACGUCCGUCAGCAGUUGCUCUAACUUAUCGUGGACUAAAGAUAUAUCUAGUUCGAGCAACACAACGUGUAUAACGGCGUGUUCAAAUGAUUUUGUCCGUAUCAAUAAGAAGUUACCGAUGUUAGUCCUCAAAAAUAUUGAUAAUGAGUUGAAAGACAAACAAGUAAGUAAGAUACAGCUGAAGAACCAUACGGAGCCGAUCGCACCGGCUGCUGUAACUGACUCUGAUGAUUCAUCAUCAGACUCGUCUGAUUCUGAUAGUUCAGACAGCGAGUCAAACGAUUCUGAAUCCAUAAAUGAUAUAAUAGACGCUAAUUCUUUACAUCUAAGCACCUCUUCUCAGCCUAGUGGCCACAUCCCAGAAUACAGCGAUAAACAAAAUGCCCAAGAUUAUACUAAAAUAAGCGAUACACUAAUUAUGUUAGUUGACAAGUUAGAUAUGGAAAUAAUAAAUUGGAUCAGUUCGGAAAACGAACCGAUCAAUGCAAACCUUGACAAAUUCAAAGAUAAAAUGUUCGAUAUUUUGGACAAUGAAUUUGGUGUCAUAACACAUUGUAGUCGUCUCAAACGUAUACUAGAUCCUGAUUAUUCUGAAGAUGCUGCAGUCGCAUGCAUCCCUAAAAUAGUUGAAAGUGCACCCGUUGAAAACGUAACCGUUCAGCGAGAUACGCAACCAGCUCCAUCUAAAGAAAGCACCAAGGCACCUGAAAAAGACUUGGUGGAACGUAGAGCUCUUAGAAAAUUAUCAAUUAAUCUUGAGAACUAUGCUUCGAAUGCGAAUGCUAAAGUUCCGAGAGAUGAUUAUUUGGAAAGCGAAAUUCAAGCAGGCACCGCAAGGAAUAACUCUGCCUAUGAUCAUCACGAUGAUGACGAUGCACUGUCUUUAUUCGCUGAAAGUAUAACGGGUUUCGAAUCUUCUAGAAUGAAUGCGUCAAUUGUUUCGUUCCCCGCUUACAAAGCGCGCCCCGUCGAGGAGUACAUUCCGAAACCUGUUACUGAAAUCUCCACCCCAAACGUAGAAAGGCAUACUUACCUCCCGACCAAAAUAGCCGACGCUGAAGUAACAGCAUCUAAGAUAGCAUCCGUUAUUGAAAAACAAAACGCUGAUUCAACGUCUAUUUAUAAACAAAGUAACAGCACAGACGACGCUGAGAGUUACGAAGAUUUAAGUGAGAACGUAGAAUUAAACCCAAAGGUUGGUCCACCUGAUGUGGAAAAGACACCGCGUCUUAUGGAUAGUAUCAUUGAAAGAACGCCACGAGCGCGGAGUAUUGUGUUCUCCAACUUAUGUUUUUAUAACUUACUAAACUGCUGCCGAAAAGUAUAUUCGGGCCAAUGUCGAUUUUUGCACGUGAUACCUACCUGCGAGCAGGUUAAGGCGAAGCUCGGUCUGUUAGACGAGAGGUUGUUGAUACAAGAGUACAUGUUACUAAGGAACUGGACGGAGAUCAGGAGGAGAUUCGGCCUUUGCUACGUCGAGGAGUGUGCGAAACGUGGUCUCACUCGGAUACUUGUUGAAAUGGCUUACGAUUUCAUCGUAAAAGCUAGAAAUGAUUCUGAGGAAGACGCGCAGAUUAGAGUUAAUACUAUAGAAAUAACUUUGUUGCAUUUGAACACUGUUGACUUGUGUAUAUGUGAGGAUUUGUUGAAAAUGCCCGUGCACACAGAACAGGGCAACAGGAUACUGCUCUGCGACGUGUUCAUGGCUACAAUGUCUAUAACGCAAAACUUUUCACGGUUUAAAAUAGUGUUUUUAACUCUUACUUACUUCAUGGUGGAUAACGACAGGACGUUUAACAAGGAGGUGGUCGAGCAUAUCUUGGAGCGCGUGUGUAUAUUGCCGUUCGAAGAGCCGAUAGCUAAGGCCUUGAUACAGAUGAUGCGGUUGACGAACGGUGCUAUUUUUAGCAACUCGAUGAUAGGGAUGUUUGAGAAGCAAAUAUCGGUAAACAAGGAUGUGCUGGAAGAGUUCAUGUUGCUGAAGAGCCAGUAUGCGUUUUCGUCAAUGCUGGCGUCAUCGAUGAUAGAGGAGUGCUCGCAGCUAAAGGUGGACCAGGCGCAGUCAGUGCAGUCGGACGCGGGCGACGGACAGCCGCCGGCUGCGUCGCCAGAUACCACCAACAUUAGCAACCUGCACAACCCGCCGUCUGAAGAGCCUCCAGUACCCAUAAUAACAAGGACUAUAGGGAUGGGCCCACCGAUAACGUUCAGCCACUCUCCAACGAAGUCGGGUUCAUCACAUGUUCAAGAGAGCCCCGGGGGCUCGCGUUUUAACUCUAGUUUUGUGUCGCCUAGCAACAAAAACACAAAUAAUAUGAAACAUUGGCGGGAUCGGUCGAUAUUUGACAAUAUCUUGCGUCCCCCGACAACCACGCCGCGCUCGCAUAUGAUGCGUCCGCCGAUGCUUCCCCAAAUGAGACCCCGGCCGCGUCCUCACUUUAACCAGCGGCUGGUGACUUUCAGGAGCCCUUCUAGAUAUGUGAACAGACAACCUGGACCCAAGUACUGAAAAUCCUCACCAAAGUAAGUAAUUUAAGUUUUCAGUGUAAAAAUAGUUUAAAGAAAUACCUAAACUACCUACAAUGUUGUAAUUGUAGGUAUUCAAGCCUUACUCUUUACCUAGCAGGUAUUGUUAAUAUAGUGUAGUCAAGUAGAUGUAUAAAUAAAAUAAUAAAACUGGUUUAUAUUGCAAAAAUUCAAGUAACAAAACUUAUUUUGGCUGUAAGAGUGAGUUUUUUUUUUGUUUUGUUUUUAAUGGAGGACGGAAUCUUUUCCAUAGACACUUUUAACAUUGUGAAAUGCCAGGUAUUGACUGUUUUUUUUCUGUCUUUAAUUAUUUGACUGUGUCACUAAAAUUGCUAGUUAUAAAAUAUGUUUUUGUUAUAUUUGUGAUAUUUGCCUGUGACUUGUUGUAUAACAGUUCAGUUAUUUGAUGACUUUGUCAUUGAAAAAUGAUGUAAAAACAAAUACUUACCAAGUUGUUUACUAACUUUUUUAUCUAACAUCAUGACCUAGUUGAUAAGUUUAAAAUUCUUUUGUUGCCAUUCAUUAAAAAUGUAUGAAUAAGUGUUAUAAUAUAAAAAAAAUGUAAAAAAUUUAACUUUAGUUAGCAAAAUAAAUUGCAACUGGACACAAUAUUACGUUUAGCAAUGUUUUAUUUGUUACUUACAUAUCAAGAACAACUUUAUGCCUACAUAUGUA